AAAGGAAUGCUUCGUCAUCUUCUCUUUUGGAAGCCUACCAACCUACUCCCCCUCACACCAGCUAGCUAGCCAUGCGUGUGUCCUAAAACAAGAGCAACAUAAUUUCCCAAUCGUUCUAUAUAUAGGCCAGCUGACCAUUUAGAAUUGGCUAAUCUAGCUAGGUAUCAGAAACCUCUCAAAUUCCAAGAGCUGGUUAUCAAAAUACGUACAUACAUACCCAAUAUACACCCCACUCCACGGCACCUAUAUUUCUGCAAAGAUCGCUGAGCUAGUGCUGACUGCUGUUUCUUUCUGAGUCAUUUAUCAGGAUUACAGAUAGAUGGAUGACGAGUCUAACCCGCCGCUGAUGGACACGUACAAGCACCUCUUCGACGACGACAACCACCCGCGCAGCCUGCGGGAACUGGAAGCAGCCGACGACGACGACCACGAGUGCGGCCUCCCGGUGAUCGAUCUCGCCGUGCUAGAGCAAGGCGGAGACGCGGUGGCGGCCGAGCAGUGCCGUGCGAAGAUCGUGCGCGCGGCGUCGGAGUGGGGGUUCUUCCAGGUGAUCAACCACGGCGUGCCGCAGGCGCUCCUGGACUGUCUGCUCGACGAGCAGGUGCGCGUGUUCCGGCGCCCCUUCCAGCGGAAGGUGGGCGAGCGGCUGCUGGACUUCUCGCCGGAGAGCUACCGCUGGGGCACUCCCACCGCCACGUCCCUCGAGCAGCUGUCCUGGUCCGAGGCCUACCACAUCCCCAUGACGCCUCCGUCGGCAGCCGGGCACGAUGAUCAAGUGGCCACCGCCGACGACGAACACGAGAACCACAUCAGGUAUGUGAUCGAGGAGGUGUCCACGGCGAUGUCGCAGCUGGCACAGCAGCUCGCAUCGAUCCUGAUCAGGGAGCUGCAGGGAGACGACGACGAUGACGACGGGAUGACAAAGUGUUGCACUUGGAGCACGUGCUUCCUGCGGCUGAACCGGUACCCGCCGUGCCGCGGUAGCGGCGGCGCGUUCGGGCUGUGCGCGCACACGGACAGCGACUUCCUGACGAUCCUGCGGCCGCUCGACACCGUCGGCGGACUUCAGCUGCUCAAGGACGGACGGUGGCUCACCGUGAAGCCCAACCCCGGCGCGCUCGUCGUCAACAUCGGCGACCUCCUCCAAGCGUGGAGCAACGACGUUUACAGGAGCGUGGAGCACAGGGUGGUGGCGCACCCGGCGCGGGAGCGCUUCUCCGUCGCCUUCUUCCUCUGCCCGUCCUACGACACCGUGAUCCGCCCGCACCGGCGGCCGGAGGGGAACCAGAUUGAUAGCUUGUACAGGAGCUUCACCUUCGGCGAGUACCGGAGCCGGAUCAGGGAGGAUCUCAGGCUGACAGGCCGUAAGAUCGGCCUGCCACGCUUUCGCCGCCAUGCUUCAUCUCCUCCUGUCACACAGGAGCUAUAGCCUAGAGCUAAACAGGCGUAGGAAACGUCUUAAGUCUCUGUAUUAACCACUAUUCAAAUUGUACCUAGCUAGCUAGGCCUGUAGAAGAAGGAUUCCUGCGGUCAACUUUUGGAAACAUUGACCACUAUGUGUGAAAGUGUAUAGAUCGAGUGCAUAAAAAUAACGUCUUCCCUUACAAAAAUAAUGGAAUUUCUGUUUCUGAGUUGCCUAAGAAGUCACCUUGUUAA